CGCGCAUGGCUUGAGGCGGGUCGGCUCAGCCGAGGCGCCCGCCCCCGCCCCGCCGAUUAAUUGGGCCGGCGGGGCUCAGCCCCCGGAAACGGCCGUGUGUACUUCGGGGCUGCGAGCGCGGAGGGCGGCGGCGCCUAAGCUCAGACAGCGUUAUGGCAGAGCAGGUGGCCCUUAGCCGGACCCAGGUGUGCGGGAUCCUGCGGGAAGAGCUGUUCCAGGGCGACGCCUUCCAUCAGUCGGAUACACACAUAUUCAUCAUCAUGGGUGCAUCGGGUGACCUGGCCAAGAAAAAGAUCUACCCCACCAUCUGGUGGCUGUUCCGGGAUGGGCUUCUGCCCGAAAACACCUUCAUCGUGGGCUAUGCCCGCUCCCGCCUCACAGUGGCUGACAUCCGCAAGCAGAGUGAGCCCUUCUUCAAGACCACCCCAAAGGAGAAGCUCAAGCUGGAGGACUUCUUCGCCUGCAACUCCUAUGUGGCCGGCCAGUAUGAUGAUGCAGCCUCCUACCAGCGCCUCAGUAGCCACAUGAAUGCCCUCCACCAGGGGUCACAGGCCAACCGCCUCUUCUACCUGGCCUUGCCCCCAACUGUCUACGAGGCUGUCACCAAGAACAUCCAUGAGUUCUGCAUGAGCCAGACCAGAGGCUGGAACCGCAUCAUCGUGGAGAAGCCCUUCGGGAGGGACCUGCAGAGCUCCGACCGGCUGUCCAACCACAUCUCCUCCCUAUUCCGCGAGGACCAGAUCUAUCGCAUUGACCACUACCUGGGCAAGGAGAUGGUGCAGAACCUCAUGGUGCUGAGAUUUGCCAACAGGAUCUUUGGUCCCAUCUGGAACCGGGAUAACAUCGCCUGCGUGAUCCUCACCUUCAAGGAGCCAUUCGGCACUGAGGGCCGCGGGGGCUAUUUCGAUGAAUUUGGGAUCAUCCGGGACGUGAUGCAGAACCACCUCCUGCAGAUGCUGUGUCUGGUGGCCAUGGAGAAGCCCGCCUCCACCAACUCUGAUGACGUCCGUGAUGAGAAGGUCAAGGUGUUGAAAUGUAUCUCAGAGGUGCAGGCCAGCAACGUUGUCCUGGGCCAAUACGUGGGGAACCCUGAUGGAGAGGGCGAGGCCGCCAAAGGAUACCUAGACGACCCCACAGUGCCCCGAGGGUCCACCACUGCCACCUUUGCAGCUGUCGUGCUCUAUGUGGAGAACGAAAGGUGGGAUGGGGUGCCCUUCAUCCUGCGCUGCGGCAAGGCCCUGAAUGAGCGCAAGGCCGAGGUGAGGCUGCAGUUCCACGAUGUGGCAGGUGACAUCUUCCACCAGCAGUGCAAGCGCAACGAGCUGGUGAUCCGCGUCCAGCCCAAUGAGGCCGUGUACACCAAGAUGAUGACCAAGAAGCCAGGCAUGUUCUUCAACCCCGAGGAGUCGGAGCUGGACCUGACCUAUGGCAACAGAUACAAGAACGUGAAGCUCCCUGAUGCCUAUGAGCGCCUCAUCCUGGACGUCUUCUGCGGGAGCCAAAUGCACUUUGUGCGCAGUGACGAGCUCCGGGAGGCCUGGCGGAUCUUCACCCCACUGCUGCACCAGAUCGAGCUGGAGAAGCCCCAGCCCAUCCCCUACCUUUAUGGCAGCCGAGGCCCCACGGAGGCAGAUGAGCUGAUGAAGAAAGUGGGUUUCCAGUAUGAGGGCACCUACAAGUGGGUGAACCCCCACAAGCUCUGAGCCCUGGGCGCCCCUCCACCCCUGCCAAGGCCACUCUCCUUCCCGCCACCCAACCCCAAGUUGGGAGGCCUCUGGGACCACUGGCCUCAGCUGCACAUUCCCAUACCCGGGCCCAGCUACAUUCCUCAGCGGCCCCCCAGACCAUGCCUGAGCCGGCCUCCUCCCCUCACUCCAGCCCGACGGAAGGAAGGAAGGAAAAAGGAGGGCCCUCUCAGCCACUGGGGCUCACUCCUGAGUGGGGUCUGGAGGGGGAGGAAACGGGCAAGCGCCCACGGGAGAGAACCUGCCUGUGGCCUUGCCCACCAGCCUCAGUGCCACUUGACAUUCCUCAUCACCAGCAACAUCUCAAGCCCCCUGGACUUCCCCUGUCCCACUAACUCUGCACUCCGUGGCCACCGCAUACCACCUGUAUGCGGCCUCCCUGCUACAAGACAAGCAAAGCAGCAGCUGAGACCCUCCUGACCUCAACCCCCCCCCCGCCAUUAAAUCCGCAAACAGCC